AUGCCCUCUCUUCUUCAGUUCUUCACAUUCGCCACCUUUGGUACGGCGCAGACACUGAUCUCUCAGCUCCACAACCAAAGUAAUGCCAACUUCAACUCCACUCCAGCAUACAAGCAAGCUCUCCUCGCCACCGUGAAUACGACCUUUCACGCCAAAACCUGUAACGACUGCGACGACAUCCUCCGCGUCCUCAAAUCCGUCGCCGAAUUGGGCGAAGCUCCCUUUGCCGAACUCAGCAUAGCAUUUUGCAAUGCCGCUCACGAAGGAGACCCCGAUGUCUGCGCCGGCUUGGAGACUCUGGAAGCUCCCUCUGUGUCGUGGGCAUUGAGGCAGAUGGUGAUCCCGAGCCAGACGGCGCAGGUCUUCUGCGAAGCACUCUAUGGACUCUGCCCACAGCCUGCGAUCUUGGACUAUACAGUACCCUUCCCUAAACCGAAGCCAGCCAAGAAGCACACUUGGCCUCCAACCAGCGGCCUCGAAUCAUUGAAAGUCGUGCAUAUAUCUGAUAUGCAUGUCGAUCACUCGUACACCAUUGGUUCGAGCUACAAUUGCUCAAAGAGUAUCUGCUGUCGUUCUUACAACGCCAGUUUUGCCGCCGGGUCUGAGCUGGCCAAGUUGUAUCCUGCUGAACCCUUUGGGGAGUACUACUGUGACACGCCUGUGGAUCUGGAGGAGGCACAGUAUUCUGGUGUCGCCGAGUUCGCAAGGAAUAGAGCGUUCACGAUCAGCACUGGUGACAUGGUUGAGGGCUUUACCUGGGGCACUAGCGAUACUGAGAUAGAGUAUGACAUUAGCGACAUCUACCAUAGGAUGCGCAAGAGUCUCGGAUUGGUCUUCCCAGCUAUUGGUAACCACGAUGCCAACCCUGUAAACAGCUUUCCACUACCGGAGCUCAAGACAUCAUACAACAACACCUACGACUACAACCUCGACGCGCAGCUCUGGCAACCUUGGAUCGGCUCUGCCGCUGCAGCUCAAGUCCGAGCUCACUCUGGCAUGUACAGUACGACCUACACCUCGCCAUCCACUGGUUCUUGUCUCCGCAUCAUCAGCAUAAACACCAUGUUUUGGGAGGGCGUGAACUGGUGGAUCUACAACACGACCAUGCCUCGUGACCCAGCUGGUGUCUUAGCUUUCCUUGUCUCCCAACUUCAGCUAGCAGAGGAUAAUGACGAGCGUGCCUGGAUCAUAGGCCAUAUACCACCGGGAAGACCAGAUGCUUUGUACGACUAUUCUGCAUACCUCGAUCAGGUUGUCGAGAGGUACGAAGGCACGAUCGCUGCGAUGUUCUGGGGCCAUACGCACAGAGACCAAUUCGAGAUCUCGUACGCUGAUUACAUGAAUCAGACAGCCGCUGGAGCACGCAUGGUAGGCUUCAUAGCGCCUUCUCUGACACCGACAAGUGGCAACCCCAACUUCCGCGUCUACAGCGUCGACCCAAUCACUUUCUCGAUCCAAGACUACACCGUCUACACCGCCAACCUUUCCACACCCGAUUACCACACCUUAGGUCCUAAAUGGGAGGAGUACUACUCCUUCAAAGCAGCCUAUGGCCCUCUCCUCGAUCCACCCUACACCGACGCCCACGCUGAGCUAACACCAGCCUUCAUGCAUAAUGUCACGAUGCUCUUCGAAAACAGCGAUACAGUAUUUCAACAAUACUACGACCGUAAGCAGCGUGGUUGGACUCCACAAGGGUACGGGCCUUGUGAGGGGAGUUGUAAGACUAAUGAGAUUUGUCAGUUGAGGAGUGCGCAGAGUCAAUAUGCUUGUUUGGCACCGAGCGCUGCUAUGAAGAAGAGAGAUGGUGAGGUCGAAGGCGGGUUUGUAGCGAGGGUGCAGAGUGAGUGCUCGCAGUCGAGGAUGGUCGGGGUGUUGCAUGGUAUGGCUGGCAGUCUGGACGUUGUGAAGCAGAAGCUGGAGGUUCUCCGGAAGGGCUGA